AUGUCACUUCCCAAGAUUGAUUCCGUGGCUAUCAUAGGCGCGGGCCCAGCUGGCCUUUCGACACUUUACGAGUUCCUCCAUACCAACAAAGACGGGACCUCCACUCUCGUGAGAGACCAAACGCAACCGAGCAAGCUGGACUUUGCCAGGAGCACGGAUCCGGCAUUUGGCAAAGUUGUAGUUUUUGAACAAAAAGCCCAUGCUGGUGGCAUCUGGGCACCCUAUAGUGCGCGCGCGGAUUUAGAUAUCCCGCCUCAAGAUAUAUUGAAUACUGAGAAAUAUAGUGAUCCUUCGUAUAUACGUCCUCGCCAAGAUGUUGUCACUGGCGGGACCUUGGCUGAUCCUGUUGUCCAGGAAACAAGCCAGGUGGCCGAUGAGCUCAGGUGGAGCAGGUCGGGAGUUUUCCCCUUUUUAUACACCAAUAUCCCCCAACGGUUCACCCGUUUUAGUUAUUUGCCGCUUGAAGAGGAAUAUUUUGAUGAACAACGCAAGAUUUUCCCCUUUUUGACCCAGCAGGAGCUACUGGCUAGAUUUGGUGCUUUUGUGGAGAGGGAAAAGCUAGGUGAGUUUAUUAGGGUGAAUUCCACCGUUGAGAGUGUAGUCAAGAAUAAUCAAACGGGGAAAUGGGUGGUUAGCGUUCGCGAGAGCCACAAUGAUGAGCAUCUGGGCCACCACGAGGACAGGUGGUAUAGUGAAGAGUUUGACGCGGUGGUGGUUGCCAACGGCCAUUAUACUGUUCCCUAUAUCCCGCAUAUUCCCGGAUUGGCAGAGUAUAACGUCAAUUUCCCCGAUAGAUUGAUCCACGCCAAGUCGUUUAGAACCACGGAUGAGUUUAAGAAUAAGGACGUGUUGGUUGUUGGUGGCGGGAUUUCAACGGCUAAUGUGUUGCAGUACGUUGUGCCAGUAGCUAAAUCCACCACCAACUCCAAGAGAGGCAAGCAUUUGGUGUUCAAGUACAUCAAUGACGCGCUCGUUUCCGAGGGGAUUGACCCCAAGCCACUCAUUGAGCGAGUUGACCCGCAAACGGGCGUGUUCUAUUUCGGCGAUGGCACCAAUGGCAAAUUCGACAAGGUUCUAUUUUCAACGGGUUACCAUUACCAUUUCCCAUUUUUCCAAAACGACCAAGAGUAUCUUCAAUUGGUUAACCCGGGAAACUUGUCGCGUGUUGGUGGAUUGUAUUUAAACACGUUUUCACAAGUUGAUCCCACUUUGGGAGCUGUGGGCAUCACGGUUUCCCAGUUGAAUUUCCACACCAUCGAGGCGAGUUCCUCGGCGUUGGCCGGGGUAUGGUCGGGCAGGCACCAGUUGCCUCCCGUGGAGGAACAAAAGAAAUGGGAAGAUGAAUUGGUUGCUGAGCGUGGCGAUUCCUUGUUUUUCCAUUAUUUCAACCAAUACGAGGCCAGACAAUAUAUCGAUUGGUUAAAGGGUUUCUUCCCCGGGGGCAGAUACGACCCUUUGAUUGACGAUGGCGUGUUUGUGGGCGAGAUCGAGACUGUUGGCGGUGACAAGUUGGAGAAGUUGUUUUACGGCUUGAAAGAGCAGCGCGUUGCCAUUGAAGAAACUAACGAUCAAGGCUCACCCUGGAAAGAGGGAGAAACUAGGCAAGACUCGGCCAACGCUGAUUUGGCAAAGCUGGUUGAAAAGAACUUAAAGAUUAAUGAAGAGGCUAGCAGCGCUGCUGUUUAUGCUUGA